UGCUCACCUUCUUUUGUCAGGAUUCUCUCUGCUACUAAAAUUCUUUCAUUUCCCAAAAGUCCAACAAAUUGAUUCAAAAAAAAUUAUUUAUUUAUUUAUACCACUUUCAAACCCCAUAAAACCCUCAAUAUUAGUCCCCAAAAAAACAUAAAAGAGUCAAAAACAACUCACUCAUAUUUUCCUAACUUCCUCAACUUCUCUUUUUUUUGUUUCACUUCAAAUGAGAACAAUAAUGUCUAAGAACCAACAUGAGUCCUUCUCAUUUUCAAGAAGGUACUUCAAUUUCAAGAAAAAAGUUGAAGAUGAAGAGUACGAUGAUGAAGUUUACUUGAACACUUUCCACUCUUCCUCGCUUAGAGGUAGCGAGGAAGAGUAUUUUGGGAUGCAUUCGCUGUCAGGUACAGCGACGAAUGCAUCCACAGUAAGCAAGAAACUGUCGCGUUCGACAGUUUCUAAGCUUCGUUCGGCUCUUACUUUUGGUAAGAGCCGAACACAAAUAGGGCUUGGUACUAAAGUUAUUGGUACUUUAUUUGGUUAUAGAAGAGGACAUGUUCAUUUUGCAUUUCAAGAAGAUCCAAAGUUAGGCCCAGCAUUCUUUGUAGAAAUGGCCACUCCUACAAGUCAUUUAGUUAGAGAAAUGGCUUCAGGAUUGGUUAGAAUUGCAUUAGAAUCAGAUAAGAGGACAGGUAAAAAAGGGGUGAAAUUGCUAGAAGAGCCAAAUUGGAGGACAUAUUGUAAUGGUAGAAAAUGUGGCUAUGCAAUGAAAAGAGAAUGUGGGCCUGAUGAAUGGAAGAUUUUGAACUCAAUUGGGCCUGUUUCAAUGGGUGCUGGAGUUUUACCAAGUGAUGGUGAUGGAAUUGGGUUAGAAGGUGAAUUGAUGUAUAUGAGGGCUAAAUUUGAAAGAGUUGUUGGAUCAAAAGAUUCUGAGGCUUUCUACAUGAUGAAUCCUGAUGGUCAUGGUGGUCCUGAACUUAGCCUUUACUUGCUUAGGGUUUAAACUGUGGCGUCCUGGUCAACUUGUGCUCUCUCGACUAUUUCACUGAGUACCUAUUAUGUUCGAGUUUGAAGUAUGUGAUCAUAAGUUCUUAUGAAGACAUAAGAAGUUAGUUUUUUUUAUGAUGUAUUUUUGGUUUGUUUUAAUGUACUAUGAGGGUACGAGGGAAACAAACUAAAGAUAUGGAGGAGGGUGGGGUGUGAACUAUAUAUGUAUAGAUUAUGUUUUUCUAGUUUUGUUGAAGUGAAAGAUGAUGAAGUAAAACUUUGGUACUCUCUUUUUACUAUAAGAGUUUUAUGAAUCUUAUUUUUAUUUAGAUUU